AUGUCAAACCCCGGCAGAGAUGCACGUUCACCGGCUGGGAAUGGUACCGCGUCUCCCGUGCCAUCUCAUACUUGGAUAGGCCGCACUCCUCAUCCUUCCACGGAUGGGCUUCCUUCAAAUCCGCCACUAUACUAUCAACCAUAUAACACUCAGCCUGCGCUACAGCAUCGUCCAGAGCAAAAGAGUGUAUCGAUCCCGCGGAAUGUGCCUCAUGAAAAUGAUGAAAGCAAUGCGUCGGCCAGCCUACAUCACGCACCCAACCAACCAUACACCCAGACGAGCGUUGGUCAGGUCAAUCAGCAGUCUACCCGGUUACAAAUUCAAGCUGAAUCUGGUACGCAUCCACAAUGGACUACCGCUUUAUCGCAUCCUGGCCAUCAUGAUCAGCGUGUUGGAUCAUCAUUUCAACAUCAGUUUGCACAACCGCUGAGAUUUGAUCCAUCAAGUUCCAGCCAUCCUACUCACUACUCAGGGCAACUUGACCGUGGCGCAGGAUUCGCACAAGUAAAUACACCAACAAGCCCAGCCAGACAUGUGUCGUACCAAUGGAUCCCAGAACAACUACCUCCGCCACAGCCUCGAUACUCCUUCCCGGAACAAGCCCAACCAUACGCCAUGAAACAUACAACCGAUACCGCUCAUCUAUUAGCUAGCCUUCAGGCCCCUCGUCUACGGGACUCGUUGCCGCCGCCAGAACCCUCACCGCCUCUCCAUCCGCAACCUGGGAACAUUCCCUUUCCCAAAGAGAGCUUAGGACUAUUACAGGCAAGCUCGGCGGUCCAGGACGUGCCGGAAGAAGAAGGGGAAACAUCAAUCGACGAGGUUUACGAAUCUCAGGACGAUAGCAACGCCACAGAGGUUGACCAGCAUACUACUACUCCACGCAAACGCGGUCGUGGUCGUCAAUCCUCGGAUCCCAAUCCUCGAAGGAAAAGACGGCGACGCACCGGGAAGCGUGGUGGUUGGAGCAAAGGCAUGCAGCUAGGCCAUAGACCUGCCAUCGACCCUGGACCCGAGUUCGCUCAACUGUACCAGGACGCCCAUAAUGCUUGGAUCGAAUUAAACAUCGACGAGGCACUUGAGCUCUGUCUGAAAGCCAUUGCAAUCAACCCGGAAAUAUACGCCGCCCACGCUCUGCUCUCCGAGAUCUAUUUCCAUAAAGGUGAAGAUGAGAAAGGCAUCGCUGCGCUCUUUAGUGGUGCCCACAGCAUACCGACCGAUCCGGACGUAUGGCGAAGAGUGGCAACGGCAUGCUUGGAGCGAUCGACUGGAGAUCAGCAGCGAGCCCUUCAGCAAGCAAGUUAUUGUUAUGCUCGAAUGGUUUCAAAGAAUGGUAAAGAUUGGGAUGCUCGACUACAACGUGCUUCUGUCAACAAGCAGUUAGGGAAUUAUAGGAAGGCAGUCUCCGAUCUGGAGACCAUUCUUGAGCAUAACCCUCGAGACUCUGACGCUAUGAGACUGAUCGCUGAUAUCUGCGUCGAAACUCGCGACCUCCCAAAAGCAAUAGCGCUCUAUGAGGAAGCCCUGGAUCAUUACAAACGUGUCGGUUUUGAAGGCGAGGAAGAGUUCACCUGGGCCGAUGUCCUUGUCUAUGUACAGCUUCUGGCACAGGAGGAACCUCCUGACGAGGCACUUUCAAACUCGAUCUCUGUUUUGAAGCGCCUAUCGCGAUGGUUACUUGGUCGUCAAGACGAAUCAUACUGGGAUGAAUACACAGAGGACGAUAGGGAGUGGGAUUCGGAAGAUGACCCGAGAAGAACCGAAGUACCGCAUUUCGUCUCAGGCAGGUAUUCGGCAGAUUCGUACGGCCCCGGGCUUCCUCUCGAAUUGCGUGCUCGACUAGGCAUGCUUCGUCUCAGGCAAGGACCACAUCAGCUCGAAGAAGCACUCGCUCAUUUUGAAUGGCUUGAGGCCGACGCAAGAGAUGAGGAUGCGGCUCUAUGGCAGUACCAUGACCUCUUCUUUGAGGUUGCGCAGGCUUUACAUGACGUGAAAGAACACAAUCAGGCAUUGAGAUACCUCGAGGCUUUGAAGGAUGCUAGGGCCUGUGAAGACCUUCCCGAGUUCUGGUUACUUAUCGCUGCCAACUCCUACUUAUGCGGGAACAAAGAACAAGCCAUCGAUUGUUACGAAGAGGCCCGAAGUCUGGACGAAAACGGAAUCGAAGCCAGAACCCAGUUGUCGAAACUCUAUGCCGACAUGGGAGAUAAAGGACAGGCAAUGGAAUGUGCUCGGGAGGCUGUUAUGAUUGCAGACAAUUCUGUCAAGAAAACCGAGAGGCGAAAAUACGAACGAAGAGAACAACGAUUAGCUCGUGAAGAUGCAGAGAAUGCACUCAGGCACGCUUACAAGAUGCCCGGCCGUGUGGAUUCUGGCAUCCCAAUUAACGAACUCGAGGAACGCCUGCAGCGGCCACCCAACUCCCGGCGGAGGAAGACCGCCAAAGAGCUCAUUGCGCGCAUCGCACGGGACACUGCGUCUGGCGCAUCGCUUCGAACUGCCAACAAUGACCCCAAAGCCAACAACAACAACGAAGCUCCUGCAGACGGGGCCACGGAAGGCGAACAAGCAUCUACGACCGAGACGUCCAAGAAGCCUCGGAAAAAGCCCGCGACUCGCCGAGUCCGUCAAGCGGCUCUCGCCAACCCUAAGCGCGUGACUGUCGAAGAACGCGAAGCUCACCGUACCGAGACGAUUAACAACCUUUAUCAAACACUUCUCGACAACACAGAAGCCAUGCGUGCGGGUGAUAGAAUUGCCCGACACGUAUGGAUCGACUGUGCCGACAGCCUCAUCAUCGACUUCCGAACUAAUCGCACUUUCUUCCCUGGUGAACGCAAUGCAAAGAAACGGACUCCCUUCGACAAAGAUAUGCGCCAAGCCAAUCGUCUACAGAGCGAGACGCAAGACCCCGAUCCAGAUAUCCCCUUGCCCUCGGUCGAGUCUCUUCAUCCUACCACAUACCGCGACAUAUCCUUCGAUGAAUGGCUCGAUGUAUUCCUCGAAUACGCGGUCAUCCUAGCCAACGAGCUCACUCCAUCCGAGUCUACUCCUGAUGCCAUCGAAACCCAACGCCACCGUAGCUAUGCCAUCAUCCGCGCAGCCAUGGACUGUGUGAUCUGGUACAACGAUCCGCGAUCCAUGGUCCUCAUCCACACGGCUUGGCUGAUUUGUACCCUCUCCUUGCGUGACGAGAACACUUUAUUCAAUGUUGUCCUUCGUUGGUUUGUCCGUAAAUACCAGUUCUGUACUGACGCAUACCGCCUCUUUGCCGCACUGAAUCUUCUCUACCCACACCCAACGCACAAAGACGGCAAGGAGGGACAAGUUCACGCUGCCGCGUUUCGGUCUGGACCAAGCCAGAAAUUCUGGUUCAGACAAAUCAUGAUCAUGGACGCCAAUCUGCCGCCAGACUACAAUCCUGAAGGCUUCGGCCCAGUACCUAGCAACAUGCGCAACCUGGAGAAAGAGAUCCGUCGGGACGAUGUCGACGGCGGUGGCCCAGGUAUGGGUUCCGGAACGAAUGAGCAGGUCCGCUCGCUGCAGGAGAUGGACGUGGUCUUGUUGUCCUUGUACGGCCACAUUCUGUACGCCGGCAACAGCUUCCCCAGUGCGUUGAGUUACUUCUUCCGCGCGCUGAGUCUGGACCCAAAGAACCCCAUCGUCCUACUGAGCGUGGCGCUGUGUUAUCUGCAUGAGCUGUUGAAGCGGCAGAAUCUGGACCGGCACAUGUACGCCCUGCAGGGAUGGGCGUUCUUCGAAGAGUAUGUGGACGCGAGGAGAGAGUGGGCCUCAACCCAGGACGAAAAGUUGCAGAAGGUCGUUGAGAGGGAAAUUGAGCUCAACAGAGCACGCUGCUGGCAGAUGCUGGGCUUGUCGGAUUUGGCCGUACGCGGUUACGAGAAGUUGUUCCCGGAGAAUCCAGUCUUCGUUCCUCCUUCAAGAUCAAAUGACGCGGCAACGGCCUCGACGGCCACAGGCGAUUUGAUCGACCCCGAGCUUCUCCGCAUGGACAAAAGCCAGCAGGAGCAAGUUGACACCGUCACCACGAGCCCGACGCGUACCGGGCAGGAACAGACGCGGGAGAUGUCUCCGGUUGGUCAAGACGAAGAUGUCGAUGAAGCGAGACGGCACCACGAAAAUGGUCUAGAAGACACGAAGGAGGCUUCUGGUUUUAGUAUGGAGGCAGCGUACGCGGUGCAGACUAUGUAUGCGCUGAGCGGGAACGCGCUGCUGGCGAGGGAGAUCACAGAGAAGUACCUUGUCGUCUGA